AUGGAAGAAAGCGCCAUAGAAGAACGGGUGGAGCAGGACACAGUGUUCUGUGAAAAGACCGAGCAGUUGAGCGCCAGUUCCGAUGCUGAUGGCUUUUCCAACACCACCCCGGGGAACGACGAGAAUGAGGAUGCGUUCGGGGAGAAGAUGGAGCAGCUGACAUUGCCGAGCCAUGACGUUCAGAUCCUGCGGUCUUCCUGGCAGCAGCUGAUGGAUGCCGUCGGCCACGAUCGAGAACAGCUGGGCGACGUCCUGUACGUGGGGCUCACCGGCUCCUUAGCCGUGCUGAAGGAUCAGUUCAUCACGCCUCGAGCGGUGAUGUCUCUGCGGCUUUUCAACGGAUUUCGAGUGGUGGUGGAGAAGGCAGAUGACCCGGCCGCGCUGCUGAGCUUCACUGAGACCUUAGCCUUCAAGCAUCUAUCGUACGAAGUGACGCAGGUUCGUGCCGGCCUGGUUGCCGACACGUUUCUAGAGGUGCUAACGCAGAACGUGACCGAGGAGUUGCCACAAGGCGCCGGCGCAGUGUGGCGACAGAUCCUGAUGUAUGUUGGGAGCGCUUUUCGAUACGUGAAGCAAACCUAUGGCAAGCGCUUGUCCGUGAUUCAGACUGACUGGGACAACAUCCAGAAUGCUGCAAAUGCUGAAGAUGAGGAGAGCGAGGUGGUGCGGAGCUUUCCCAAGAUGUGUGCCUUCUCCAACGAAGUGAUGGGCCAGCCGACCGAAGGUUGGAUGGAAGAGCUCCUGGCAGUUUUCAGCGUGCUUGUGGAGCGGGUGGGGAAUCCGUCCCACCUCGUCGAGGAGUGUGACCUACUUUCGCUGGCGAUGGUGGCGCGAUCGGAGGAGAUCAAGUUCGAGAGGUUCAAACCUGUCAUGCUCGCGGCCUUGCGAUCUCUGCUUCCGCAAACGUGGAGCACGGCGCACGAGGAAGCCUGGGAAUGGCUCUGGGCCACUAUCUCCAGGAACCUGACGGAGUCCACGAUGAAGGUGCGUGCAUUCAAGCCGUACAACGGGAAGCUGUAUGCCGCAAUGACGGACGAGCACAAGGAAACCUUUCGCACGACGGUGUACACAAAGUUCUUCGCCAAGUGCGUCGCCAGCCAAGACCUCUUCAAGCAGUCUCAGACGAGGCUCCGCUACAUCGCGGACAGGGUCAUGGCGGCGGCAUACGAUAUGAUGCAACGGGACACCAGCGAGAUGGUGGACGACCUCUCUGCGCUGGGCCUGCGCCACGUAGGAUAUGGGGUGCCGAUCGACCUGUUUGGACCCUUCACGGACACCUGUGUCGAAGUCAUCAAGCCCAUCGUUCUGGAGCUGCCGAACAGUGUCACCUCGAAGAAGGACAUGCUCUGCCCAGCGGACAGAGCUCACUACUUGCCAGAAUGUGAGCUGCAGCAACACAUGAUGAUCGAGGGCUUCCGCUGGUCGAUCGGGCUCGUGGCGCGGAUUUUGAUGCGAACAAUCACGGAGGGCUCCACGGCCGUAAUGCAGGCCAUUCAUGCCGACAACUCCAAGCUGCUUCGGCGGGCGCUCCGAGAUGCCCCUCGCGCCCAGCGCGUGAACUGGCAGCUGCGGGUCCGCGUGGGCAGCCAGUCCAUCAGUCCACUCUACUGGGCGCUGAGGAGUGGUUGCCACGGUGCAGCGAAGACCAUCGUGCAAGACAUCCUGACUAUCCGCGCAGACCGGGACCGAUACUACUACGGGGCGGACGAGCUUUUUAGGCUUCAGCCCGACAUCGUCGACAACCUGCUGCGUGAAGCGCCGGUCCUCGCGCACGACUUUCUAGACGGCCUCAUUUGGCGAUCUCACAAGACCCAGGAUGGGCUUCGCCCGGUUAUCUACUAUUUGGAGCACCUCUUGCAGGAUCAGGACGAGUCUCAGAUGCUUUCUCGGUCGCUGAAGUCCUUCGUCGUGUUUCGGGAUCCCCGGACGAUCACGCACCCCAUCCUGGUUUUCACGCUGGACCUCAUUUGGGAAAAGCUGGUGAUGAGGUAUUUCCUACUGGACCGUCUCUGGACCCUGGUAACCUUCGUCAUCUACAUCGUUGCACAGAGCGUUUUGAACCAGAAGGUCUACUUGGAGAACCACGAGCUCCACCUCUUUGUGGGGAUCGCCCGGCUGAUGGUCUACUUGAUCGGCCUCGGCCGACUCCUCUUCUGGCACGGGACCCAAAUCUACCGCGCCUUCGUGCACAAGGAUUACAUGGUGAUGCGGUGGCUGCGCGUUCCCAGCUACCUCGCGCAGUGGGAUCAACAGCUCUCCCUGCUCCUCACGGCCAACCUCUUUCUAAUGUUGGCAGUGGAGCCUGUGUGCCAUUGCUUUGGAACCGAGGAGGACAUGAUCGAGCUCCACUGCGCGGCCGUUACACCGGCCAUGGAGAUUGCUUACGAGGUCCUUUCCAGCUUUGGGGUCUUCUUGUUUUCCUUGCUGGUCCUGGAUCUGGCCACCGUCUCUAUCAAGAUGUCCGAGUAUAAGGUGCUGUGUGCACGCGCGGUGGGGCAGGUUUUCCUUUGCCUUGGUGCUGUGAUCGCCUGCAUCUUCAUCUUCACCUUCGCCAUCGCGGCGAUGUCCAGAGAGGUAGACCUUGUCGGCUUGGAGGAGUUCUCUACCAUAGGCAACAUCGCGCAACUGCUGAUUCAGAUUGCCUGGGGAUUGACGAGCAUGGAACAGAUGAAGACGAUUGCGCAGCAAAGUAGCUUACUUUUCACGGCAAUUGUACUUUACAGCAUUCUGGUAUACACCUGCUUCUACAACUUGCUGGUGUCGCAGUUUUGUGGAGUUUACAUGGCGCUGUCGGAGGACAUUCAGGGCCAUGCCAGAUUGGAGCGCGGCUUCAUCAUCAUGGAGACGCUGAAGGGGAUCAACAUGCAUCGCUGGAAGAGGUUCAUGACGUCCAUGUCGCUGGAGCGGCGGGUCGAUUUCGGUGAAGGCGACAUCGGACUUGCUGGGGGCAUCAAGGUCUUCGAACCUGCCUUGGAGCAUCCCAUCUCCAAGGACCAAAUUGUACGCUUCGGUGGUCACACGGAUCCCACACUGCCGUGGCCGGAGAAAGACCACGACGACAAGGAUGCCCUGGAGAAGAUGAUUCAGCGAACGAUCCAGAACACCCUGAAGAAGUCGCUCGGGAAGAAUGGAGACAACGUCGGCACGUCCAGCAGCCACCAGAGCAGCAUGAGCCACCACAGUGUCCUCAGCGACAAGAACUGA